CGUUUUACUUGAAUCAGCGUGCAACAUGGUCACCGUUAACGAUCAAGCCCAAAAUGAGAAUAAUAAGCGCCCUCUCGAAGACAAUACUGCUCCUGAAGUAGCUGAGAACGAUGACGAUGGUGACAUUGGUCCUAUGAUGCCACCUCCUGUAGAAGAAACUCCAAAAAAGAAAAAGAGAGUCCUACCUCACGAGCAGAUCUACCUUAGUCGCUUACCUACCUCCGAUAUGUACGAGAAGAGCUACAUGCACCGUGAUAUUCUCAACUUCAUUGCUGUUACAAAAAACGACUUCAUAAUUACUACUUCCCAAGAUGGACACCUCAAAUUUUGGAAGAAAACCGCUUCCGGUAUUGAGUUUGUAAAGCACUAUCGUUCCCAUUUAUCGAAUGUGAAUGGCAUCAACAUCUCGGCAGACAAUGAGCUGCUUGCGACUAUUUCUGAAGACAAGUCGAUGAAAGUAUACGAUGUUACGCAGUUUGAUAUGAUUAACAUGAUCAAAUUUGACUUCACGCCAAAAUGUGUUUGUUGGAUCCAUCAAAAGGGUCAAGCCCAGGCCCUGAUCGCAGUCGCCGACAAAGACAGCUCCAACGUUCAUAUAUUUGAUGGGCGUGGUGAUGGAAAACCCAUACACACAAUCUCAACACUUCACAGUCACCCAGUACAUCUUAUGACCUUUAAUGCUCGAUUUAAUACGGUGAUUUCGGUGGAUACGUCGGGUAUGUUGGAAUAUUGGGAACCAGAAGAACCCUUUGAUCUACCAAAGAAUGUGAACUUUGAGUACAAAGCAGAAACUGAUUUAUACGACUUUAAAAAGUCCAAGUCAGUACCAACGUCCAUUGUAUUGUCGAACGACGGCUUGAAGUUUGUCACCAUGAGCAUGCCAGACAGACAAGUUCGUAUAUUCAAAUUUUUGAAUGGCAAAGUCUUCCGCAAGUAUGAUGAGUCGCUCAAGACAAUAACGGAGAUGCAACAAGCCGGCACUAGUGUCAGAAAACUGGAUGACAUGGAGUUUGGACGUCGUUUAGCUGUUGAUAAGGAGCUGGAGAAGUCACCACAGGCACAACAUAUCAAUGCUGUUUUUGAUGAGAGCGGCAACUUCAUUAUAUAUCCUACUAUGUUGGGCAUAAAAGUCGUUAAUUCAGUGACCAACAAAGUAGCUCGAUUGAUUGGAGAAUCGGAGACACAUAGAUUUUUAAAUAUGGCCUUGUACCAAGGAGCUCCUAGAAAGAAGGGUAUCAUGACUUUGGCAAUGGCAGCAUCUGAUAACCAAGCUUUGAGAGAAACAGAAGAACUUGACCCAACUCUGUUCACAACCGCCUUUAAACGAAACCGAUUCUUCAUGUUCACACAACGGGAACCAAAUGCGUAUGACGAUUCCAAGGGCGAUCGUGAUGUUUUCAACGAAAAACCUUCCCGAGAAGAACAAACCGUUGCUACAACUCAAGCGAAGCAACAGCAAUUGGGCUCAACGGCGGUGUUGCGUACUACAGCAGGAGAUAUUCACAUUCGACUCUUCCCAGAAUAUGCAAACAAAGCUGUUGAGAAUUUUGUCACGCACGCUAAGAACGGCUAUUAUGACAACUUGAUCUUCCACAGAGUCAUCAAAGGUUUCAUGGUGCAAACUGGUGAUCCUUUCGGGGAUGGUACUGGAGGCGAAUCCAUUUGGGGAGACGAUUUUGAGGAUGAAUUCCACCGUGACUUACGACACGAUCGACCAUAUACUGUGAGCAUGGCAAAUGCUGGACCAAAUACGAAUGCCUCACAAUUCUUCAUCACCGUUGUACCCACACCAUGGCUGGAUAAUAAGCACACAAUCUUUGGAAGAGCAACAGCCGGUAUGGAUGUGAUCCAUGCUAUAGAGAACUGCAAGACCGACAAAAGUGAUAAACCUUUAGACGACAUAAAAAUCAUCAAUAUUGAAGUGCAUUAAAUUUGGCAGUUUUGAAAUUUUCCAAUAAAAACGCGCACUGCAAAUUUCUUUAUGUCCAAAGGAGCAGAGCCAUUACCACCUUG